AAGCCGGUCACAGUAAAGGGACUGACAAGGCAGUGGUCAUCACUGAGGUUUUCAUCAUGGGGGAGUGGUCCUUCCUGUCUGAUUUGUUGGACAAGGUGCAGUCACACUCCACUGUAGUGGGGAAGGUCUGGCUGAGUGUUCUCUUCCUCUUCAGGAUCUUCAUCCUGGCUGCUGGCAUAGAUAGAAUAUGGGGAGAUGAACAAGCGAACAUGAACUGUAACACCAAAAGCCCUGGCUGCAAGAACGCCUGCUACAAUAACUCCUUCCCCCUGUCUCACACGCGCUUCUGGGUCCUCCAGAUCCUCAUUGUCUCCACGCCAACACUCAUCUAUCUGGGCCACGUCCUGCUGGUGAUUCGCAAGGAAAACAAGCUGAGGAACCGUCUGGAGCAGAAACUUAGUAAGAAUGGGAUGGUUAAAGCUCCAAAGUAUUCUGAUGACCGUGGCAAAGUGCAGCUCAAGGGCGUCCUGCUGGUCAGCUACAUGAUACAGCUGAUAUUCAAGAUCGUGCUCGAAGUGGCGUUCAUUGUAGGCCAGUACUACCUCUACGGCUUCAUAUUUAUGCCUAUUUUCAUUCGAUAUUCCCACUACCCCUGUCCAUCAGAGGUUCUCUGCUACAUAAGUCGUCCCACAGAGAAAAACAUCUUUAUCGUCUUUAUGCUGGCCAUGUCCUUCCUCUCCGUGAUCCUCAACAUCAUGGAGAUGAUCCACCUGAUUAUCUCAAAGACGAGGGAGAGGAAAAGGAGGAGCAGUGGCUCAAUUCCCCCAGAAAUCUACAAUUUGACCAAACCAAAGCACGGUGAGAGGGUAACACUGUGCUGAAGGACUGAACACAGAUGUUCAGAUUUCAGAUGGAUCCUGAACUCUGCCGAGGACCUCGCUUUUUCAAAACUGUUAGACAUGUCAGAGUGUUUCUACAGUAAUAGACUAUAAUAUUUUACUUACAUUUACAGCUUUAAAGAAAUGAGUUUUAGGAUUACAUAUUGCUAAUGUAAAUUGCAUCGAUAUCAGUCAUCUCACAGACUGUGGCUGAAGAACUGGUUCAGAGUCACCAUUUCAGAAUUUUCCCGGGUUCUGCUCCUGUACAGUGGAAAUAUUUCUCCUUCGAGCCUAAAACUGAUUUUUAAUAAUAAAACUCAUUAAAUCAACACAGUCUUACAGUAAAACAUUCCCAGAAUCUUUCUAGCUUUGCUCUGACGGGUGUCCCAACUUUUCAGGUCCAUGUCCAAACCAGUGCAUGCCUUAGUAUUAGAUGACAUGUCCCCCAUGUUGCCUCUGGGUAGGAUGAGAAUAGAUUUCAGUGUGGUGCUCAUCACGUCACCCAGCAGGAGUGAGUGAAUAAUGUCUAACACACACAACAGGAACUACAUUUCACUACAGUCAAUAGGACAAACGGGUCAUUUUCAUUUUAAAGGAACUUGCACACCCACAGGCUGUAGUUUGGACACCCACCAUAUGAUUACCUAUGAUUAACAUGUUUCCAGCUGUGUGUCAUCUAAAUUCCUUUUGUCAUUUUGCUGUUUUAUAUAUUCAAAAAGUCAGAAGUGUGUGUUAAUGGGUUUUAUUUUCCUUGAAUUGUUGUUUUGAUGAUCCUUGUUGAGGAGUGAAGCUGCACUGAUGGUACAGCAGCUUUUUUUUUUUUUUUUUGCACAUACUGGACUGAGGGUAGAUUACAAGUGCAGCUCCUCCACCCACUGUUUCAGUUGAACUUUAAAUUGUGAAUCAUAUGGUUUAGUGAAAUGUAAUAAAAUCAUGAGGACAA